AGCAACCGCGUACUACGCAGCGCUGCUCGAGUCUAUCGACUCGACCGUGCCAAGGGAUGGCACGGAGCGAGCAAAGGUGGAGGAGGUGGUGAGUCGCAAAAUCGCGAACUCGGUUGCUUGCGAGGGUAGGGAGCGCGUUGAAAGAUGCGAGGUGUUUGGGAAGUGGAGGGCCCGCAUGAGCAUGGCUGGGUUCGAUUUGAAGCCACUGAGUCAAAACGUAGCCGAGUCAGUGCGCAACUCCGGCAAUCGAGUCCAUCCAGGUUUUACCGUCAAAGAAGAGAACGGCGGAGUUUGUUGUGGUUGGAUGGGCCGGACGCUCACCGUGGCAUCUGCUUGGCGUUAACUUCACCCGCAAAAUAUUAUUAUUAUAAUAAUUAAUUGCUGUAUUUGUAUUUUUAAUCUUCUUUUUUGUUUUUAAAUUAGAAAUGAAAAAGGAUGAGAAGGAAAGCCCCCCACCAACUCAAAUAAUAAAAUUUAUUAGUGUUUGGAUGCUAAGAAAAUUCUGUGCCGCAUCUAUUGUUUUCACUUGUACUUCUUUUCUAGAUUUGUUUUAAAUAAUAUUUAUGCAAGGUU